AUGACUAUGAGAUCCCGCAUAAAAAAAGCAAUUAAAAAGAACAAAAAUGAUCCCUACCCAGAAGAGCAAUAUUUAUUUGAUGACAUUUUGCAAGCACAUCAUCAUGCUUUUGGAAAUCACCUUGAAUGCAAAAAACAUUUCUGUGAUAAAACAGGAAAUGUGGAGCAAAAUGAUAUUCCAAGUGAUUUUAAGCUAAGUUCUCUGUGGCAGAGAAUCUGUAUUAUGAUUCUAGGUAUUGCCAGCCAUGCUCGAAGUUUACUUCAUGACGUGGACAGCAACGUGGUGGAACGCUAUCACAGCAUCAUUGCGAAAUAUGUAGGAGGGAAGAGAGUUAACUUUUCCCUCAAAAAUUCGUAUGAGACGCGAUGUAUUGCUUCAGCAGGGUCGUUCAAUAAAGAAAAUUCACUGUCAAAACUACAUAAGAAAAUGACCAACAAAAGCCCAAGAGGUAAGCUGAAGAUGUGGGAAGAAAGAAAACGUAAACAAAAAGUACUAAGUAAAAGGUAUACAAAAAAGAAAAGACGACUAGUUUUCAGCCAAAAAUGCAGUGAUAAGGAUUAUGGCCAGUCAUGUGAAAAACCUGAUAUGCCGGUAGAAGUACUGGAUAAAAUGAAAAACGAUUUCAUGAAAUCUUUAAAAAAAGACGGAUGA